UAAAGCAGUAACCUGGUGAUAAAGUUAUGAGAAGAUGCUAAUACUGUCAAGACUUGCUCUUUUCUACCACCAACAAGUUAUUACACUUUAUAUUAUACAAGUUGCUCAAGUUUGUGUUGCAGAGGUGGCGAUCUCGGACCUGUCCUGUUCGCUAUGCUCAAUAAGUGACAAGGUGUCUUCGAUUUGGCCAAAUCCAUCACCAUCUAACGUUUAGAUAUGGAUCAGAAUCCAGGUCGGAGUUGGGUCCUCGUUGGGUAAGAUGAUACCUUCAACAAAGAUCCCCUCCUCUCUCUCCCUCGACCUCUCUCCCGCAAACGUCUCAUUUUUGUCUCUUCCCACUCCAUUGCUUCUUCUUGCUUUGCUCUAAUGGCGCCGCCGUCGCCUCCGCUUUGGUGGGUGGGGAUUCUCCUUCUUGUCGAGCUCCUCCUGCUUCCCCGGGGCCUCGCAAAGAACGACGACGAGGCGUGCCUCUCCGACCUCCGGCGGUCCCUGACGGACCCUAGCGGCAGUCUCCGGAACUGGACCCGGGCCAACUUCGCCGCCCCCUGCAACGGCUUCACCUCCUACCUCCACGGCGUCACCUGCAACAACGGGCGGAUCUACAAGCUCUCCCUCGCCGGCCUCGCCCUCGGCGGCGCCAUCUCCCCCUACGUCUCCAACUGCACCAACCUCCAGUCCCUCGACCUCUCCUCCAACCAGCUCGCCGGCCCCAUCCCGCCGGAGCUCUCCGCCCUCCUCAACCUCGCCGUCCUCAACCUCUCCUCCAACCGCCUCAGCGGCCCCAUCCCUCCGCAGCUCGCUCUCUGCGCCUACCUCAACGUCAUCGACCUCCACUCCAACCUUCUCUCCGGCCCCAUCCCCGACCAGCUUGGCCUCCUCGUCCGCCUCUCCACCUUCGACGUCUCCUACAACCGCCUCGAGGGCCCCAUCCCUGUCCUGCUCGCCAACCGGUCGGGCAUCUCGCCGGGGCUGCCGCGGUUCAACGCCAGCUCCUUCAUCGGCAACCGGGACCUUUACGGGUAUCCCCUGCCGCCCAUAAAGGGGAGGGGUCUCUCGGUGCUCGCCAUUGUCGGGAUUGGUCUCGGGAGCGGGCUUCUCAGCUUGGUGCUCAGUUUCACCGCGGUUUGCAUCUGGCUUCGGGUCACGGAGCAGGCAGCCAUGAUGGCCGCUGACGAGGGGAAGAUCUCCCAUCUCAUGCCCGAGUACUGAUUAAUUCGUCUUCUUCGGGCCUCUUCCGCCAUGAAUUCAGCAUCAAAGACCCAUCUUGUAACUCUUCUCAUUCUUCUAGGAGUAAAGUUUGAUCCUUUUUCUCCUCUUCUUCUUUUUCUUCCCUUCUCUUUUGAUUUUGCUUAACCGUUUGAUAGGGAAGAUGUAUACCAAAGUGACCAAGAAACUAAUUCACCACUAUUCUGUUCA